AUGGCGACCGAAAACCUCAUUCCCGAUUACAACAUCCUGUCUGGCAUUCCUAUGAUAAAGGAUUCCGUGUCCAACUUGGAGAACACAGUCAAAGAAAGAUGUAACGUUAUCUUAAGUAACUUCACGACCUGUACUUUCAGUAUCCACCUGAACACUCCCGCCGCCGGUUCUCCGGAACAUGUUCUGGUCCGUCUAGAGUCUUCCAGCGACCGAUUCUCAACGGUGGCUGCUCUCCAGAAGCUCGCCCAUUUCCAGUUGCCUGACCUUGUACCUCGCGUCUUGGACGUUGGUAAAACCUCCACUGCGCAAGGACAGCGGCUUGAAUAUUCAGUCACUGAAUUUAUCUCUAACGCCAUCACCCUAGAGCAAGAGUGGGACAAGAUUGAUGGCCCAGCACAGAAAGAUUUAAUGAGCUCAGUUAUUGACGCAGUCUCCAAGCUGCAAAAUCUCACAUUGGAUAGCGAGCAUGCCCAAAAGACUUUAGAAGGAACUUCUUACUACUGCGACGGCAAGAUGGCCUUCAUUGGCGGCCCGGAGCUUGGUUAUCACUCCGAUAUAGCAGGAUUUCUGGCGAAGCUUGCGGGCAGUGCUUCUCCCGACAAAACCAACUUCAGUGCUACGCGUACUUCAAACAGCUUCGUUGUAGAGUCUAAGAUCGAAAAUGUCGACCGGGUUGAGUUAACUAGCUCUGACCUUGUUGAACUUCGAAAGCAUGUCGUUUUUUGCCAUGAUGAUCUCGAGCCUCGCAACAUCCUCAUAAAGCGCGACAAUGCCCACAGUGGAAAAUGGAACAUAGCCGCUAUUAUCGACUGGGAGAUGGCUGGCUUCUUUCCUUUUGCAUACGAGUAUGGUCACAAAGAUGCAGAGCUGGGGUCCUCCAAUCUACACUUCACAUACUACACACUCUUCAAAGAACAGUCACGUCAUUUGUUGGCGGGAGGCAAAUCCGCCAUGAAGCUAUUGGAGGCGCUCCGGGCAAUGGAUGUGUCAAAGAAAAGUUGCCCAACGAAGAAUGUCAGCCGACGUUUCCAGGCAAGGUGGCUGGAGAGGGAAAAGGUCGAGCUGUCACCGGAUGUGCAAGUCGGAUGGGUCCGGAAGGCCGGUGUUGAAGACGUUGGCGUCUUUACCAAGCAGGAAAACGAGGAUAUUGAAAUGGAGAUUCUCAAAGAACUUGGAUACGUCUAG